AUGUCUAACGAAGAGGCAAAUUUCGAAUGCUGGAAAAUAAAUGUUUAUUUUAAAAUAAUGGACUGUGUAAUAAAUGGCAUGAAAAAUAGGUUUUCAGUAGAAAGUCUAAAAAUCGGUGUAGGAGUGGACAAUUUUAUACAAUUAAAAUAUGAAGCUGAAAUGAUGGUCAUAAAAAAUAUGAUGAAUAAAGAAUCCUUUGAAAUUGAUGACAUCAUACCCAUUGUAGACAACAAUAUAUUUCUAAAUUUUUGUAAACUUUUGCAAACUGCACUGACUAUACCAAUAUCAUCUGCCUCAUGUGAACGCUCAUUUUCUGUUAUGAGACGAAUAAAGAAUUGGAUUAGAAAUACCAUGACAAAUGAUAGGUUCACAAACUUGUCAAUACUUCAUAUUGAAAGAGAUUUAUCACAUGUAAUAGAAUCAGAAAAUGUACUCAAUAUUUUUGCAGAAAAAGACAGACGUAUAAGUUAA